CUCCGAGGCCGACUCCUCCGCCUUCAUCUCCAUUCCCUUCCCUUCCCUUCCCUUCGUCGCGAGAGAGUGAGUGCGGGAGAUGGAGAAGGCGGCCCCGGUGAGGAGCUCCCACACCUCCACGGCCGGCCUGCUCGCGUGGCCUCACCCCGAUGGCGCUGGUCCGCUGCCAGCGCGCCGCCCUAACCAGGUGACGACCCCGCUCCUCCUGCCGCGCCGCCACUCCCGAUCCUUUAGCUCUUACCUUAUUCCUCGCUCGCUCGCCCUGCAGCCGACGGAGGAGUUGAGGAAGGUGGUGUUCGGGGGCCAGGGCACCGAGGAGGCCGACGGCCUCAACAAGAUGAGGACGGGCUCCGCGCCCAAGUGGAAGGAGAUGACAGGGAGCAGCAUCUUCAAGGCCGAGAGCGCCUCCGCCGCCCCAGCUGCAUCUCGUGAUCGUCAGGCAAGUCAGAUCACUUUUGCUCAGGAAGGCAGCAUUGCUCACAGGAAACCAACUACAGUAGCUGAGGUGGCCAGGCAGCGUGAGCUUAGCCAUACCGUUCAGAGUGAGGGGGGCGGUAAGAUGAAGAGGCAGGUCUCCACUGUAAAAUCCAAGGAGCUCAGCGGCCACGACAUCUUCGCCGACCAGGAGGAUCCCAAGCCCAACAGGUCAAGGAGAUCAAACUAUGGCAGCUCUGCGUUGCUCUCAGCAGUGAAAAAUGCAAAUGUGAGCACCUUCUCGUUCGGAGAGGCCGACACUGACAGCACGGCGAAGACAGCAAAGAAGAAAGGAACCAGCAACAAGCCCGCUGAUUUGAAUGGCAAGGUCAUCUCCGAGAAGGAUUCAGCACCUGCGGUGAAGCAGCCUCUGAACCGCGCGAAGCUGGAAGAAACGACUGGCAGCAGCGUUUUUGCAGACGGGAAGGCCCCAGCGACAGGAGAGCAGUCAGGCCGCCGGACCCGGCCGCCUCCCGGCGGCGAGAGCAGCAUCUCGCUGGCGUAGCGUCUUGGAUGCAUGCAUCAUGUUCUUGCAUUGGGGCCGCCGCACGGGUGGUUGGACGGUCAGUUUGCGGCCUUGUUUUGGUGAUGAUCAGGCGACGAGUCCCAUCUCCAGUCCAUACGACGAUCUGGUUUGCGUUUGGUUUGUCUAUGUGUUGUUUGGGUUGGUUGUGACAUACCCAACGGAACAACCCCAUGGCGUGUGGUGCUCGUUUUGUUGUGCGUACGGUGGAUAUAUAUGUUUGGUAUAAAUAAGAAAUCGGUUACUGGAACCAUGAGUUCGAACCGAGAUCACGUGCAAAGCGCGAAGAUGCAAACUAUUGCACUGCAUUGAUCUCA